AGUAUAACGUGUAUUUGGCAUACCUGUUAGGAUUAUAGGUUAUUUUUUUUGAAGUGCUAUUGCUCCCGAAGUUGUAAUAUGUUAGAAUUUUAAGAUGAUGACUGGUAAUUUGAUUAAUUUUGUGCAGUGAGAUAUUGAAUUAGGUUGACUAAAUUUCAUAGUAGAGUUUCCCAAAGUGGACAUCAUGGCUUCUGGGGAGCUCCCACGUCUCACGAGGUCAAUCCGAGCUUUCUCUGACUUAGAUCGCCAUAACUUGAGAAAAUUGAAUGAAAUUAAUUUGGAACAACUUAAGAAGCAGAAAGCAAAGGAAUUCAAAAGUUCGCUAACAUGGAAUGAUGUAAGAAAUCGUAUUGAGAAAGAAGUUGGACCUAAAUCACCAGUUAUGAAGCAGUUGAAUGAAAUUCGAAAUAUGGCAAAGGAGUUGACUGGAGGCGACCAAAGCAAAGAGGUAGUCGACGAGGCGGCAGUGUUCCUGUUGCAGUCCUUUCUCGGUGAGAGGGUUGUGUCGCGCAAACUGCACCUUCUGCUGAAGCAGAUGUUUGGCACCGUUUCUUCCAACAUGGCCAAUAAAGUUGUCAGCUGUGUUUCCCAGGUGACACAGCAGUUGGAUGACCAGCUGAUCGAACUUCUGAAAAAUGGUGAGCAAACCGAGCCUAAGAGGAAAAUGUUUGGAGCAGAGAUGGAGUAUAAUCCUGAUGACCUUCGUGUCCCCUACAUCGACACGAGUUUUCUGAUCGACCUGAGUUCUCGCGUGGGUGUGAAAACAGUCAGAGAAUUCUCGAUGGACUAUGACAACAUGGCUGCAUCUCUGUCUGCGAGGGAGGGGGUGAAGAAGCCACAGAAAAAGAAUGGGUUUGGGAGAGCGUGGCUUGAAACAGAGCUCACCAAAUUCUACAGCACCCACAAUCCUGUUGGUUUGUCCGUUGAGGAGUUUCUGGACUCCAUCAUAACUUUGCUGAAGUCUGGCCGCUCCAACAAUGAGCUGCAGAACGAGCUGUUUGACUUACUGGGAUUCAACAUGUUUGAACUCAUCCAGAUUCUUUUGGAGCAUCGAAAUGAUAUAGUUCUGAGUGCCACAGUGGCAGAGGAGAAGAAGAUGGUAGCCGUGAAAGCAGCUUCCGAGACGGUCCAGAGGCCGGCCUGCUUGCAGCAGGUCGUGGUGCAGUCGGAGCAGGAGAAACUGCUCCUGAAGCAGGUGCGCAAGGAAGAGAAGAAGAUGAACAAGUUCCUGAACAGAGACGACGGGGACGACGAACUGGAGUUCAACCCGGCCGAGCUGAGAGCUAAAAGAAUAGAAGCUCUUUCCAAACCUAGUGGUUCAACGCUAAUGCAAUCAAAAAAGAAAAUGCCUAAAGCGAAAGAGAAGGAAGUGUAUCCAAAUGUGUAUGACUCUCAAAGUCAGGCUCAGAACACGUCAGGGUUUGUGUCUGGUAAGAAGAUGAUGCUUCCUGCAAACGUGGAUCGAAAGGAUUCCAGACUGUGUGAAGAGGUUCAUAUUCCUGUUUCUGAACCAGCUCCUUUGGAGGUUGGCAACAAACGUGUGCCUAUAUCUGCGUUGGACGAGGUUGGCCAGAUGGUGUUCGAAGGAGUGAAGUCCCUGAACAGGAUACAGUCGGUUGUUUUCGAAACGGCGUACCGCACGAACGAGAACCUGCUGAUCUGCGCCCCGACGGGAGCCGGCAAGACCAACGUGGCCCUGCUGACGGUGGUGCACCAGAUCCGACAGCACAUGGAGCACAGCGUCAUCAAGAAGGACCAGUUCAAGAUCGUGUACGUGGCGCCAAUGAAAGCUCUGGCGGCGGAGAUGACGCAGAACUUCAGCAAGAGGCUGGCCUGCCUGGGCGUGCUGGUGCGGGAGCUGACCGGCGACAUGCAGCUCACCAAGACCGAGAUCCUGCAGACCCAGAUGCUCGUCACGACCCCGGAGAAGUGGGACGUGGUCACCAGGAAAGGGACGGGUGAUGUUGCACUAACGAAUCUUGUGAAACUUCUGAUCAUUGAUGAAGUUCACUUGUUGCAUGGUGACAGAGGACCGGUGGUGGAAGCGCUAGUGGCACGUACAUUACGUCUGGUGGAGUCCUCGCAGAGCAUGAUCAGGAUAGUCGGCCUGUCCGCCACUCUGCCCAACUACAUAGACGUGGCUCGCUUCCUGCGGGUCAACCCGUACAUCGGGCUGUUCUUCUUCGACUCGAGGUUCCGGCCGGUGCCCCUCAGCACCACCUUCGUCGGCGUCAAGGCGCUGAAGCCGCUGCAGCAGAUGAGCGACAUGGACAUUGUUUGCUACGAGAAGGUGGUCGAGCAGGUGCAGAAGGGUCAUCAGGUGAUGGUCUUCGUGCAUGCGCGGAACGCGACCGUGCGUACCGCCACAGUCCUCAAGGAGAUGGCCAUGCAGAAGAACCAACUGUCCGUGUUCGAACCAGACACAUCCUCUGCUGCUGGACUGGCGAGGAAGGCGUUGGGUAAUUCUCGGAACAAGCAGUUGGCAGAACUGUUCCCGUAUGGGUUUUCCGUGCAUCAUGCAGGGAUGUUGAGAAGUGACAGAAACUUGGUAGAGAAGUAUUUUGGAAGUGGCCUCAUCAAGGUACUGGUGUGUACUUCAACUCUAGCAUGGGGUGUUAAUCUUCCUGCCCAUGCUGUGAUUAUAAGAGGAACAGAGAUUUAUGAUGCCAAGUAUGGGUCCUUCGUGGACCUUGGAAUAUUGGAUGUACUUCAGAUAUUUGGCCGUGCAGGGCGGCCGCAGUUCGACAAGUCUGGCCACGGCAUCAUCAUCACGAGUCACGACAAACUGAGCCAUUACUUGUCGCUUCUCACCAACCAGUUUCCCAUCGAGAGCAACUUCAUCAAGUUUCUGGCUGACAAUCUCAAUGCAGAGGUCACCUUGGGAACAAUUUCGAAUGUCGAUGAAGCUGUGCAGUGGUUGAGCUAUACCUAUCUCUUUGUACGAAUGAGGAUAAACCCCCAGGUGUAUGGCUUAAAUUACCAAGAUGUUGUAGACGACCCAAGUUUGGAAUUAAAGAGAAGAGAGCUGAUAACCGCCGCUGCCCAAGCUCUGGACAAAGCACGCAUGAUUCGUUUCGACGUGCGCACAGGAAGUCUCAGUGCCACAGAUUUGGGACGAACUGCAAGCCAUUUCUACAUAAAAUAUGACACCGUUGAAGUUUUCAAUGAUUUAAUGUCUGAUUGUUUGGAUGACACUCAGAUACUGGGAAUGGUUUCACAGGCAACAGAGUUUGAACAGUUGAAGGUCCGUGAUGAUGAACUCGAAGAGUUGGAUGAACUGCAACAUACUAACUGUUCAACAUCAGUUGCGGGAGGCAGCGAGAAUCUGCAUGGGAAAGUGAACAUUUUGCUCCAGACUUUCCUGUCUCGUGGAAGAGUAAAUUCAUUCUCAUUGGUGUCAGAUUUGUCAUACGUCACUCAGAAUGCCGUGCGUAUUGUGCGGGCCCUGUUCGAAGUGUACCUGCGGAGGAACAACCCUCUCGUGGCUGGUCGACUGCUCAAGAUGAGCAUCAUGUUCGAGCAGCAGCAGUGGGCCGAGGAGAGCCCCAUGAGACAGUUCCGCAUCCUCGGUCCGGACAUAAUCGACAAGAUUGAAAACCAUCGCCUGUCUGUGGACAAGCUACGCGACAUGGAUGUUCGUGAGAUAGGAACCCUGUUGCGCCAUCCGAGAAUGGGUCAAACGGUGAAGAAAUGUGCAGAAGAGCUCCCAAUGGUAGAAAUGGAAGCCAGUAUUCAACCAAUCACUCGCUCUGUACUGCGGAUAACGCUCCAGAUCAGAGCUAAUUUCAGGUGGAAUGACAGAUUUCACGGUAAAACUUCAGAAAAUUUUUACAUUUGGAUUGAAGAUCCCGUUACUAACUAUAUGUAUCAUUCAGAAUUUUUCAUUCUUACAAGGAAACAGGUGAUGAAGCAAGAGGCCCAGGAGUUGGUUAUGACCAUCCCGCUGCUGGAGACGUUGCCGUCCCAGUACUACGUGAGAGCCAUCAGCGGCAAGUGGCUGGGCUCGGAGACAGUGCUGCCGCUGACGUUUCAGCACCUCAUUCUGCCGGAGAGCCACCCGCCACACACAGAUCUGCUGGAGCUGCAGCCUCUUCCGGUGUCGGUCCUGAACGACCCGGCGCUGGAGAAGCUCUACCCGUUCUCCCACUUCAACCCCAUCCAGACGCAGAUCUUCUUCUGCCUCUACCACACCGACAACAAUGUGCUGCUGGGCGCUCCUACCGGCUCGGGCAAGACCAUCGCCGCCGAGAUAGCCAUGUUCAGGGUGUUCAGCAAGUACCCGGGGAGGAAGGUGGUGUACAUAGCGCCUCUGAAGGCUCUGGUGCGGGAGCGCAUCCAGGACUGGAAGGUGAAGCUGGAGCAGAAGCUGGGGCGCAAGGUGGUCGAGCUGACGGGAGACGUGAGUCCCGACGUGCGCGCCAUCGCGGGCGCGGACGUGAUCGUGACGACCCCGGAGAAGUGGGACGGCAUCAGCCGCAGCUGGCAGACCCGCAGCUACGUGCAGGACGUGGCCCUGAUAGUGAUAGACGAGAUCCACCUGCUCGGGGAGGACCGCGGGCCCGUGCUGGAGGUGAUAGUGUCCCGCACCAACUUCAUCGCGUCCCACACCUCGCGCUGCCUGCGGGUCGUCGGCCUUUCCACGGCGCUGGCCAACGCCAAGGACCUGGCCAACUGGCUGGGAAUAGGACAGAUGGGUUUGUACAACUUCAGACCAUCAGUACGUCCUGUCUCUCUUGAAGUUCAUGUGCAAGGAUUUCCUGGGAAGCAUUACUGUCCUCGUAUGGCCACCAUGAACAAACCAACCUUUCAGGCCAUUAGACAGUACUCGCCCUGCCAGCCGGUCCUGGUGUUCGUGUCGUCCCGGCGGCAGACCCGCCUCACGGCCCAGGACCUGGUGGCCUACCUCGCGGCGGAGGACAACCCCAAGCAGUGGCUGCACAUGGACGACCACGAGAUGGACCAGAUACUCGGCAACAUCCGCGACUCCUCUCUGAAGCUCUUCCUGGCCUUCGGGAUAGGCAUCCACCACGCCGGCCUGCAGGAGAAGGACCGCAAAACUGUUGAGGAACUGUUUGUCAACCAGAAAAUUCAAGUUCUGAUCGCCACCGCCACCUUGGCGUGGGGCGUGAACUUCCCUGCGCACCUGGUGGUGGUCAAGGGCACGGAGUACUACGACGGCAAGACGCACCGCUACGCGGACAUGCCCAUCACGGACGUGCUGCAGAUGAUCGGCCGGGCGGGGCGGCCGCAGUACGACGACAGCGGCAUCGCGGUGGUCCUGGUGCACGAUGUCAAGAAGAACUUCUACAAGAAGUUCCUGUACGAACCGUUCCCGGUCGAGUCCAGCCUGCUGGAGGUGCUGCCCGACCACCUCAACGCGGAGAUAGUGGCGGGCACCGUGCGCACGAAGCAGGCCCUGCUCAGCUACCUCACGUGGACGUACUUCUUCCGGCGGCUGCUCCGGAACCCCACCUACUACCACCUGGAGAGCCUGGACGAGACGCACAUCCACUCCUUCCUGUCCGGCCUGGUCGACAGAGCCCUCGGGUCCCUGCUCGAGGCCUAUUGCGUGACCAUCGAUGAGGAUGAGCGAGGUAUCCUGCCAACAUCGAUGGGCAAGAUAGCAUCUUUCUACUACCUGUCACAUAAGACCAUGUUGCACUUCCAAGAGAAUUUGUCUCCGGAUCUUAGCUUGGAGCAAUUGCUACGUGUUUUGAGUGAUGUGUAUGAGUAUGACCAGUUGCCUGUUCGGCACAAUGAGGACAUUCUCAAUGGGGAGCUGGCGAAGCUGUGCCCCUUGCCGGUCGACUCUUACACGCUCGACUCGCCGCACACCAAGACUCUGCUCCUGCUGCAGGCCCACUUCUCGCGCCUGCAGCUGCCCAUCACGGACUACUACACCGACCUCAAGUCCGUGCUCGACCAGUCAAUGCGGAUCAUACAGGCGAUGAUAGACACGUGCGCGGAGCGGGGCUGGCUGCCGGCGACGCUGCGCAUGCAGCUGGUGAUGCAGAUGGUGGUCCAGGCGAGCUGGCACGACCAGUCGCCCCUGCUGACCCUGCCCCACCUGCAGUCCCACCACGCCCGCCUGCUGGAGCGGUCCCGGGAGCCGGCGCUCAGGGGCGCAGACGUCCGCACCCUGCCGGGCCUGCGCCACGCCUGCCAGAGGAACUACGAGGCCCUGGCCCGCGUCCUGCGGCCCGAGCUUGACGAGGGGCAGAUAGAGCAGGUGCACAAGGUGCUGUGCGACAUGCCGGUGGUGCACGUGGAGCUGAGCGUGCAGGGGGUGUGGGUGGACGGCAGCGCCCCCGAGCAGCGUCGCCUCGCCCUGCCCCAGGACAGGGACGACUGGCUGCCCCUGUGCCCGGACCAGGAGUACACGCUGCUGGUGGGGCUCUCGCGGGGCGGCCGCCGGCCCGACGGCUCGCGGGCGCACUGCCCCUUCUUCCCCCGCGGCAAGGACGAGGGCUGGUUCCUCACGCUGGGCAGCGUCGAGAGGGCGGAGCUGCUGGCCAUGAAGCGGGUGCCCGCCUGGAGGGCCGGGCGCACCACGCAGCAGCUCUCCUUCUACACGCCCUUCAGGACGGGGCGAACGGUCCUCACGCUGUACCUGAUGUCGGACUGCUACCUGGGCUGGGAUCAGCAGUACAGCUUGCAGCUGGACGUUGUCCCUCCGUGUCUCUCGCGCGACUCGGUCAAGAGCCUCGGCCUGCCGUCUCCCGACAAGUGGUGAGCCGACGCCCGCUCGCUGCGAUAGCAACUUGUGAUAAAAGUUCCUGCCGUGUCACACUGACACGUUCUACGUGGCCUGUGAACCAUGGUUCUAGCUGUGAAGCGUUUGCUCGUUGACUGCGAUCCACAAAGAUGUAAAUUACCAAAUUAUUAUUAUUAUUAUUAUUUACCUUUUGGGAUAGCAAUUUUUACAGCGGUUUAAGUAUGUGCCCUUUUUCUAAAAUAAAUGUCGUGCAGAAAACGUGUUUUUUUUUUAUGACUUCGCUGCAAUAUAAUUUAUGUUUAGAGCUGUUCAAAUGGUGACUACAAGUCAGUUUCCAAAGUGUUCGAUUUUAAAUAGUGUAUCAUAAAUUCAGAGUUGGUCGUUGUUGCAGGCAAAGUGAUUUAAUAUGGAAACCCUUGCAGCAUUCUAUAAGCCAGUUACUGUAUUUCCUCUACUAAGCCGCGACCAUGGGUAAGCUUGGCAUCCUUAAUAUUUAUGUUAUAACCAAAAAUUUUGUUAUGUAGAAUAAGCCUUGUACUAACCUUUUCAAAACAGUACUUGGCAACCAUAUUUUAACAUUUUUAUUAAAUGUUUAUUCUGGACUAAAGCGUAGAAAAUUUUAAGUCUCUUUAAGGUUUUCUUUAAAACAAAUAGCAUUAUUGGUACUUGUGCUGGCGUCUGCGUGUUAUUUUUUUCAGUAUCCUGUAUUAUUGCAAUCGUAAGAAUCAAUAUUUACACUAAAACAUUUAAUGUUUAAGAACCAACUCUAAAAAUAUCUGGAAGUAAAUAUUUUAUUAAUGGAUGAGCUGUGAAUAACGUGUUUAUUACGAUAAUAGGAGAACAAGUUUCUCAAAUGUAAAAUGGCUACCAACAGCUGUUGUUUUGUUUAAUGCAGUGAACCACCUUAACAUCUCUGCCACUAAUGACCAAUAUCAGUGUUAUGUUACAAAGAUUAUGAGCUAAAUAAAUUGUAAAAUUGCUUUAGAAACAGACACUAAAAUUCUCACCUUUAAAAUACAUUUUCAUUGCAAUACCACCUACAUAUAUUCAAAAACAAAUUUUGUUUCCCUACAGCCAUGUAUCAAAUUCCAAGACAACAUACUUCUUUCCCGCAGCACAAUUUCCCAUUUUCUCCGCUUCUUUAAUCAUUUUAAGUUAUUCAGCUACCGUAAAUGAUUGAAACCACAAUCCUUUAGUAAUCAUUGCAAUGUCUUUCUUACAGAUGCACUCUCUUAAACCACAUGCAAUGUUUCCACUUCCCGAUAAACAACAGGAGAUUUUAACCUUCGAGUUUGACAGAACUUAUGGUAUGCAGUAUUGCCAUGUGGCAUUGUCAAGAUUUGAAUAAGCAGCGCACCAUGCUUUUUCAACACACAUUUUACAAAAAAAUUGUGCGUGGCUUAUUCUGGUGUUCUGUUAGUUAAAUCUUUAGAAAGGACUAAAAUUUUAGAGUGCAGUCAAAGGGGCAAAAGAAGAGGCUAAUGACAAUGAACCCAAUGUGAAAAUGGGAAUGAAACUAUGAGCAAAUGGAUGCCAAAUUAGUUAAAUUACUAAUUAUAUAAUUCUAAUUCAGAAUGUAGUGUUUUCAAACAUAAAAAAUGAUAAGACUGUAAGUUUUGAUAUAAUUAUAACAAAAAACUUGAAAUUAUGGAUACAUGUUUGCAACUACUAUUACAAUACUAAAGUGCUAGCACAUGUUAAACUAGCAUUUGUUUUUGUGUACAGCAAUUGUUCUUAAUAAAUACAAGUUUUUAUAUAGCAGUUUUUCAGGGGUAUUAAAUGAAAUUCCAUUAACAUAAAUUAUUAGUCAAUAGCCAAUGUUUUUUGUAAGUUGCACAGUUGUAGUGUUCAAUUGUGUUGGAUAUAUGUAUAUCAGUUUGUUGAAAGUUCAUAUUUUAUCAUAUUUUCAAUGAUAGUGGUCUCAUUUACUGAUACCUUUGGUUUUAUUUUCUUGUCUUGCAUUUAACAUUUUAUUGUUUAUAAUAUAUGUAUAUAUGUUUCUUUUUAAUAUACUCAUAUUGGAAACCUGCAGAAAAUGUUCCAUUGCUAGAGGCAAGAUUAUAAUUAUGGUGAAUAGUGAUAAAACUGAAUUAACCGAGAAAUGGAAGUCAAUAUACCGCCAAACCGCAAAAUGGAAGACAAUACUACGCACUGAAAUGGAAGGCAAAAACAAAAUGCAGAAUAAUUCACCCCAAUAACUUAAUUUGUUUGUAAAAUAAUACAGAAUUCAUUAAAUAUAUCUUUAACUUAGGCCUAAAUACCGUAUUGGUCCGAAUAUAAGGCGACCAUUUUUACAUAAACGAGAGAUGCGAAAAUUGGAAGUCGCCUUAUUUUCGCACCCAAGACGUCAGCACCGCAAGCAUUAGUUCCGAGCUGAAAGCUACAGUAGAAACAUUGUUAAACAAAAUGUUCACAAUUUUUUAUAUUAACUAAAACCCACCCAAUAUUGCAGUAAUUCACAAUUGUUUAAAGUUGAAAAUUAAAAUAUUUGUUCUUGAGUAAAAAUGUGAAUGUUGAAGCAUCUCAAAAUGGCAACCUUUUAUUACACAAUUCAUAUUUGUACUUUGUGUACAAUUGCGUGUUAAUAUUUACGGUAAUUUAUUUUCAGAUUUUUAACGAAAUAUUUGUACUAAAAUAUCACAGCUAUUUUCAGAACAAUUGUUUACAUUUACAAACAGAAAAUGUUAAGAACAUUUCAGAUGUAAUGUUUGGAAAUUCACGGCUGCCAACUGUCUUUCCACAAUAUUUCUUUGUUGUAAAACGAACAUUGCCGAACACGCACGAAGACGCCAUAUUUACAGGAAUUUGGUACGUUGCUUCAAAAGCUAUUUUAAUAGUUUCACAGUAAUCCACUCUUUAUUUAUGUAAAAACCUUUCAAACAACAUAAUUAUCAUAGAUUAUUCUUUAAAAUUCAUAGGACAGAGACUCUGUCAGAGAGUAAUAUGGACAAAUAUUCGUGGUCACGUCACCGAAGUUAUUCAUGGCUGUAUGCUUCACCAUGGCAGCUAGCCACUUGUUUUGUUCCGGCAAGCUGCAUUCUUUGUUUGCUUACUUACGUUUAACACACUACUAAAUAGUAAUACGUAGAUUAAGUGUGUAAUACUUAAAAAUGUAAAUAUUUUCUAAUUGUUUUCUUUUGACUUUUAGGGUAGGCCGUUCAAACCUUUUUUUAAAUAAGUAAUGUGAUAAAUAUAAAUUAAUUGUUAUACAUAAAUGCAAAAAGGAUUUAUCAACACAAAAUGUAUGUCUAAUGAAUUUUCACAUUAAUUUCGGCCAAAAUUAUUUUUACAUUUGUUUGGCCUCCUGAAACUGCAGUUCGCCUUAUAUUUGGGCCAAUACGGUAUUAUGUACAAUGUAGUCUUCAAGCAAUCAGUUUAUUUCAGGGAAUAAAAUAUAUAUGGUGAUAUUGUGGUUUUUUUUUCUUCUUCUAAAUAUAUAUAAAAUUAAUAGAUUUUACAGUUAUUAUUCUAUGAAAAUGUUUGUUCUGAAUAGUAGUGUAUUUUACAUUCACUUUGUUCUUUCAGCAGGUUUGUUUAAAUAUUUGCUUAUAAAAUUUUAAAAUAUCUUUUUUGGAAUGUGUUUAAAAAAAGUGUCUAUUUCAAACAUAGUUUUUUUUAAAUAUUUAUUUUUAUUAUUAUUGUGCUGCCUAAAAAAAUCAAGGCAUGUGAUGUAGUGUUGGGUCAAUUUGAAGUCUUUGUUUGAGUUAAUAUGAGUUUUGUUCAGUUAACAGGAUAGGUAGGAUUUUUUUUUUUUUUUUCAUUUUAAGGCCAAAUUUUGUAGUUUCUUUUUGCUAUGUUAUUUUGAUGAAUGUUGCAAUGAAAUUACCAUUCUAUGUAAAAUGAAUAUCCGAGUAUCAGAGAAAAAAGGCGUUUUUUCUAAGAAACAAAUCUUGAUUUAGAGCAUGCAAAUUUUUAGCAAUCAAUUUUAAUUUUUAAAUGUUAAAAUAUUCUACCUGCUUGAAAGUAUUUAGUGUUACUGUCUUGAAUACAAGUGUGUUGUGUUGUGUUGUUGUCGUUUUUAUUUUUAAUUAUUUUUUUUUUUUUAGAAAGAAGGAAAAUUUAAGUAUUUUGUAAACAAUUUUCUUUAAGAAUUGGAUGUUAUAAAAAAUUUUCAUUUGAUUAUAGAAUAUUUUUAAACAUAAAGUUACAGUUCUUUAUAGUGUACCUGAAAAAUGAACCAUUGAACGUAAGUUGCAGCCACAGUUUUGACAAGGUUGUUUCAUUGAUGUUCAGUAAUCCAGAAUGAGCACAAUUUUUUAAUCCUUGUCUGUACCUUGAGUGGUGUUUUCCUCAUUUCAUGGAACUUCCCAUUUGUAUGGAAGAAAGUGAUAAACCAUACGUCUAUAUGUUUGAGAUUCCUGCACAAUGAUUUGGCAUUCAAGUUUAAUGUAUGCAACAUUGUGAGAUGUUUAACAUGAAUACGACUGCCAUGCUUAUAUUAUUAUUUUUGCUGUAUAAUUUUUGGAAUAAGUUACUUCAUGUAUAACAAUGUAAUUGUUUGCAAGUAAAAUUUUUCAAGAAUAAAUAUAUAUUUCAUUUUAAUUUUGCUUAAUGGGUUUGAUUUUUGAAUUCUGUUAAAUUACCAGAUAUCACUGUAAGCAUAAUUUAUUAAAAGUUAUAACAGUUUAACUUUGUUCCCUCCACCUCACACUAAAUGUCAACAAAUCCACAUGAUGAAACUAAUAUGUUCAUUGUCAAGAUCGUUCUCAAGAUAAAGAGCUUUGCUCAUUUGUAAGUGUUGGUAUAUUUAGAGGCCUCUGUUAUUUCAAACUGUAGCAAUUAUAUUGAAUGUUAUAAUCGUACUGUGUGUUGCGUGAAAUACGUUGCUUCAAACAUUUCAACAGAUGAAGCAAAGUGAAGUUUAGUUGUGGGAUAAGAAAUCAAGGCGCCUGGCGCCCCUGCUAACCGUGGCAGGUUGUGUCCGAUGCUGUGAACACCAACGUGGGCUGGAAUGGCGAAGGCUGGACCAAGUGUCGGUCAAAACAAAGCAGGGUAGCCCUUAAAAAGGGGGUAUUAUUUUUAAAUGCUAUAUGCGGAAAAAUAUCCAGCAUGUAAAUGAAAUUGUUAACUUAACAGCUGAAUUCAGCGGUAUAUCAAGAAGCCGUUUCUUUACCUUAAUUUUUAAAAAAAAGUAUCAUGAAGAGAUUGAAGCCAGUAAAAAAAAAAGGGAACAUAAACUCAGUGUGUUAUAAACACGUGAUGGUUUACAUAAUGUCUGCUAAAUGGUAUAGUGUUGCAUUGACAAAUUAUGAUUAAUAAGUAAUAAAAUAACUAAUAGGUACAUUGUAAAUUCGACUGCUAUUAUGCCACGUCCUGAAUAUCUUGAGCGAGUACCAACUGCUGUGAUAUAUUUGAUUUGCAGUACACAUUUUUGAAUUAAAAGAAAACUGUAGAAAUACUAUUUGCUAGCACAAAAAUUUGGUUUUGGUUGAAAUAAAUUGUUGCAAGAUUUAUUUGACUUGAUUUAUUACCCACCGUUAUUACACAAAUGAUCUACAGAAUCUAAUUUCAUCUACUGAAAAUAUUCCAAUAUAAUUUAUUGGUAAAUGCUUGUAGUGCUUGUCGUAGGUUGCGAAUGGUGCGUAGGCAUGGCCACUUUGCGUCUGUAACCUGCUGGCCACGUACGGGUGUGUUCGUUUGAGAGGUCCGGUAAGGUAGAGAGAGCAAAGUAUAGAGAUAUGUAGGCUGUAAACAGGCUCUAGACAGUGGAGAGGACUAGAGCCUAAAGCUUUCUGUUCAGCCUAAUGUUUUAGAGGCCUCUGGGGCAAGGAUUGGCUCAAAAAAAUUUGGAAAAUUUCCAUUGCAAGGUAAACUAAAUUAUAGAAUUGCAGGUUUUGAGGGGCAGAAAUUAUAUGCAGGCAACAACUGGAAACUUGUUUUCUUAAAAAUAUUAAUUCAGUAAUUAAGAAUUUUUUUUUAUCAUGAGAACCUACAGUUGCGAGAAAAUUUUUUUUUAAAAAUAAAUACUAGUGCAUAGUAAGUAAAAGAUAAAUGUAGAAAGGAGAGAGAAUUAGCUGAGGUCACAUGCUUUAAUCAGCCAUUUGGAGAUCUUGCAUUUAGACUUUUGCACUUUGUCAGAAGGUUCAAAUGCAUUAAGGUGACAGGUACUUGCUUUAAAAUAAAGUAAUUUACUAGUUAUCAAACACCUUAAGGUCACCUUUGCUUGAAAAUUUAGUUACAUACCUAAAAUCAACAGUUAAUAGAAUGUGCAUACACCUUAUGCAUGUGAUGUAAGGGUCUCCAGCUUUUAAAAUUUAUUAAAGAUGUAGUUAUCACUUAAUGGUAUAAAUUUUAUUGUUUUACAUAAAUGAAUAACUAUGACAAACACAACAAUAUUAACACUGCAACACGGUUUACAAAUGUACAUCCACAAAUUAAAGUGACUUAUCUCCAACAAUUUCACAUGGGUUUGUUAAAACACUAUAUCAAAAGAUAACAUUUUCAGUCAUUUACCGGUAAAGGAUUAUUUUGGUAAUUUAGGUUUUUCACAUAGUUAUUCACCUUUAGAUUUCUUCUCCAUUAAGCUUCCUACGACAGAAUCCAACUUGUCUGUGAAAGCAGUAAAAGAGAAGAGAGACAACAUCUUCUGUUUGCCUGCAGAUCCCAACCUGGUACACAAUUUCUCAUCACGAGUACAUUUCAACAUGGCUGCAGAAAAACUGUCUUUCGAGGGAUUGCACAGAAAUCCUGUCUCACCAUCUACGAUGGUCUCUGUGGGUCCGCCACUGUUCACUGCAAUGACUGGCUUUCCAUAAUACAUGGCUUCCAGUGGUACAAUUCCAAAGUGUUCAUUAGAUGGUGUGUACAGCAGACAGUCGCAACCACUGAGAAGGGAAACUUUUUCUGCAUCAGAAGGUGACCUUAAGAAAGUGAUGCUAUCCUGAACAUUAAGUUUCUCUGCAUGGCUCAGCAACUCUUCGUAAUAUUCCACGUUUUCAGUAACUAGGGGAUCAUACCCUCCAGCCAUAAUCAAAUGCACAAAGCUCUCCGAAUCUUGUUGCCCUGUAGCCUCACUUUUCAAGGCAUGAAUUGCAUCAAUGGCCAGACCCAAGUUUUUCUUUCUCUCAUAACGAUUAAUAGAUAAAAAUAUAAAGGCAUUCCCCAAGCUUUCAUCAUGAAGAACUGUUGCUAAUGGUGAAGGUGUACACCUUUCAAAAAAGUCAGUGUUAAUGGAAGGAUAUAGAAUUUCUGGUGUGACUUUGAUGCGCUUGAAAGUCUGCUUAAACACUUGUGCUGUAAAUUUGCUGUUUACGAAAAUUUUGCUUGCUUGGCCAGUUGUAACUUCCUCUAACCAGUUGAGUGGCGCUCUAUAUGCAGACUUCAAUACACUUCCUGGCUGACUCAGCAGCUGGUCUGGAAAAUGGCAAUAAAACAUAAUGUGGGGCACCCACAGUUUUAAAAUUGGCACGCAAACAGAAAUGAGAUCACAAAAAACGAUGUCAGGUCGCAGAUCACUGAAGAAUAAAUAUAUUGACACGUACAGCAUGCGCAAGUAAGCGCACAGCGCAAAGAACUUUCCGAACAGGUGCCGUGGUAGCCAGUCUCCCACAACUGUAACAUCGAGGGUGCCAUCUUUUGUUUCGGUGAAACAAUGGCUUGGGUCGUGGUGUGAAGUAACGAAAUGUACAAAAUGCCCUUUUUUCUUUAGAGCAAGAGCCGCGUCUACUACUAGCCUUUCGGCGCCCCCGAUCCCCAGAUCAGGGUGAAGAAAUACAAUGCGGGGCAUCGUAACUAAACCAAUCAACUGAAAAUGCAAAAAUAAAUUAAAUACAUUCUUUUCAACUACGUAAAAAUUAACUGCUUCCACAGUACUCUUCACAAAAUGCACCUUGUGAUCAGCAAUGAUACACGUCAACCGGUGAUUAGGUGGCGAACUGACGUAAACAGUUUAACACGUCAUGUUUACUUUAAAACAAAAGAAAACAAAA